AUGGUUAGUUGUCUUUUACAUGCGUUACCUCCCAUCACCCCGACACAUCCUCUUGUCACCACCAAUGAGUCCGUGGAUGAAAAACAAGACAUCAAAGAAAAUACAACGGCACAUAGCACCACGAGUGCAUUUGAUGGGAUCAUUCGGACCUUGAUGGCGAUCGUAUCCAUGAACAACAACACCAACAACCCCAAUCUUGUAUCAAAAGUGAUGACAUUGCUCAAUGAAAAAACGAGCAGUUUGAUCCCAGGCACCUUAAUCAAUAACCACAAUGCAUUGAUCUCUGCAGCAGCCAGUUUGUUGAAGACCAGGGAUUCAUUGCCACCACCUGCACUACAACAACCACCUUUGUGGUCGUAUACGCAUGCUCAUGUAAGAGAUGUGCGUAUCAAUUCGGAUGAGCUUCGUAUGCUCGCUGUCGAGAAAACCAUGAUGCGUCGAGCAAAGAUCGUACGUCCCCUGCGUAAUAGGCAAUUUCUGACAAGACGCCAGGAUGACUUUGUUUGGGGGGUCAAAUCAAGUCUGAGGUACUCUUUUUAA